AGUUAAAAAUCCCGAAGACAACAAACUUGAGAUUGUUGUUGUGUUUUGUGUGUGUACAGACCACUGUAGUGGUCCAGAGACAUUUGGAGCGUUACCCGAUAUCCAUGCAUCCGUAGCACUUGUAAUGAAUAGCAUUUAGACAUUUCUGCUUGAAUUUAUUUAACGGAGGAGCUAAUAAUCCACCAGGAUCGCUUUGGUCCAAACACUCCGUUAUUUCACCUGUUACUGGGCUGAUACGCUUCAAAUCCAAGUGCUUGCCAGGAAAGGGCGUGUGUAGUAAAACGGGACAUGUCCGGGCAUGAACACAGAGAACCAGACAACUCAGCAAAGAUCGUCUCCCACCACUAGGCGUCUAAAGCUAGUCAAGCUUUGACAUGUCAUGUCCGAACCCGCCCAGGGGAUGAUGAGUAGUGAUGUGGAUUCUAGCCCUGACAUGCCUCUUUGCGUCUAUUUAAACCAUGGACCGGCUCUCAGCAAGCUCCCACUCAUCACUAAGCCAGAGCUCAAGCACUUUAUGUACAGGAAGCAGAGUAUAUAUAGAAGAUUCUUUUUUAGAAUAGCCAAGUUACCUCUGUUUGCACAGAUUAUCUACCAAUAUGGCAACAGAAAGUUGUUUAAGCAGUUCGCAGAUCAGCAAGGUUGACAACGAAAAACUGGUAAGACCAAAAGUUCAGCUGAAAAGCCUGUUAGAGGAUGCAGGUGCAGAUAAAGAUGUUUUCACCAUGAAAGAGGUCUUGUUUUAUUUGGGGAAGUAUAUCAUGAGCAAAGAGUUAUAUGACAAGCAGCAGCAACACAUUGUGCACUGCGGAGAGGAUGCUCUUGGUGCAGUUCUCGGGGUGAAAAGUUUCUCCGUCAAAGAGCCCCGAGCACUCUUUGCACUGAUCAACAGAAACCUUGUGACUGUGAAAAAUACAGAUAUUCAGUCUACCUUCUCUGAACCCAGGAGUCAAAGUGAACCAGACCGAGGGCCCGGGGAUACGGAUUCAGACUCUCGCUCAUCUACCUCACAACAGCAGCGCAGGAGGAGGAGAAGCAGUGAUCCUGAGAGUACUCCAGCCGAAGACGAUCCCGGAGAAUGCAGGAAGAGGCACAAGUCCGACAGCUUCUCUCUGACAUUUGAUGACAGCUUGUCUUGGUGUGUGAUCGGUGGCCUGCACCGGGAGAGGGGGAAUAGUGAGUCUUCGGAAGCACAAAGCAACUCUGAUGUAGGUAUCUCUCACAGCGAGGGCAGUGAAGAGAGCGAAGACUCCGAGUCUGAAUCUGAUAACUUUAGUGUGGAGUUUGAGGUGGAGUCCAUAAACUCUGACGCCUACAGUGAGCAUGAUGAGGAUUCAUUGCCAGGAGAGAACGAGGUGUAUGAAGUCACAAUCUUUGCUGAGGAUGAAGAUUCGUUUGAUGAGGAUACUGAGAUAACUGAGGCAGACUACUGGAAGUGUGCCGUAUGUUACGAGCUCAACCCUCCUCUUCCUCGCCAUUGCAAAAGCUGUUGGAAAGUCCGACCCGGUUGGCUUCCAGAAACCCACUCCAACAUGGAAAACACCUCCACUAACACUCAACCCAGCACAGAAGACCCCAGCAUCACCACAACUACCAGCUCAGCCUCACAUGCCAAACUGCUUCCUUCCAAACCCUCAAGCCCUCUUCAAGAAACAGAUGAAGGAGUGGACGUACCCGACGGCAAGUGCUCGCAAUCUCCUGUCGCCUCUAAAGACGAGCUUCUCUCCUCCACGGUCACCGGCUCGAUGACUGAAUCUCAGACCUCAUCAUCGCAGCCCUCAACCUCCUUUGGUGGCAGCAGUCAGGAAGAGACCCCAGAGCUGGAGCGCUACAACAGCCUAGAGGCCUGCCUGCCUGCAACUUGCCUUGAGCCCUGCGUCAUCUGUCAAAGUCGCCCCAAGAACGGCUGCAUCGUCCACGGAAGAACUGGACACCUUAUGGCUUGCUACACUUGCGCCAAGAAAUUAAAGAACCGGAACAAGUUGUGUCCGGUGUGCCGAGAGCCCAUUCAGUCAGUUGUGUUGACCUACAUGAGCUGAGACACUGCAGAUAUACCUCUUCUCCCCUCCUCACAUGAAGUUUUGCGUUCAAAUGUAAUAUUUGUAAUAUGUUACUGAUUGAUUAAUAAAUUGUAUUUAUGACUCACCAA